AUGGCUCUUCAUAGCAGUGUGCAGCAGAUGCAGGCGACACUAUCAGAUGUUGUCAAUGCAUUGCAGAGAGCCUCCAGCGCCGGUUCUGCCACAUCCUCCUCCCUAAAUUUACCGCUGUGUACCGAGGAGGCAUACGAAAACUUUCUUCGUCGGCUCAGCGUAGAAGACGGCUUUGCAAACGAGGCGGUAUGUGCACAUCUACUUGACUGUUUUCAGGUCCGGCAACUGGCCAUGGUAGGUGGUCGAAAUGAGGCAGACUUCCUCAGAAACCUACUGACGGUUCUAUUGGGCCCGCCCUUAUGCCACAACUUCUGUUGGGCGGGCGGAUCCAAGGAGAAGAAGUCCUUCAUGGCCUGUCCACUUUUUUCUGUCCUUAAAGGUAAGUCAAGUUUUUGUUUAUUUUCCCGCGCAGAUGCAAUUGCCCAACAUCCCCGUUUUGGCAACUGCACCACAGAGAUAUUUCGACGGACAGCAAUCAGGUGGUUUCAUGGAUCACAGGACCGGUACGGAGGAAGAUCGACACGUCGGCGGAGCGUUCGUCAGGUACAAACUUUGGGGAUUUUCAUCCACAUUUAUUUAGACUGCAGAAAUCACCACACCUGCCGCCACAUGCCCACAAUUAUCCCCCGCCAAAGAAACGGUAAGCAAAUUUAUCGAAUUGCCAAUCCUACACAGCAUGCUAUUUACUUCAUGUGAUUUUUACUAUUACAGUAGAUGUACUUGUACUUGAUACGGCCUCAGUUAUCCUCGCGAUGUUGUCGCAGCGAGCGCGAACUAUCUCAUUUGAGACAAAGUCGGCUAACUUCACUCGAAGGAUGAUCCUCAAGCAGUGGUGGUCAAAUACCUCCAGUUAUCGCUCAUCCACCACGCGCAAAGGUCAGCAUUCACAACCGUACCGAACGGUUGGGAAAGAUUGUUACUGACCACGACUCUCGCAGUAGUGGAACGAUAGUAGGCCUUGAUCAUGGCGAUGAUUUUUGCCGGUACACCAUCUAGCGCCUUUAUCCGCCACAGAGACUCACGGUGAACGGAAUCGAACGCGGCGGCAAAGUCAACGAAGCAGACGGCCAUCGGUUGUUGGUAGCUAUGGCGAAAUUCGAGAAUGCGCCUCAGUGUGAAUAUCUGAUCUGCGCAUCCACAUCCAGCACGAAAUCGGGCUUGGUUGGGCCUCGUCCUUGAGUCAGGCACAGACUGUAAUCGCCUGAGUAGGACAAUAGCGAUGAUCUUCGCUGCAACGUCGAUGAGACUUAUGCCGUCUGAGCAGACAACAGCGGCAUCGCUGGGUGUAUCCAAGGAUUUUCUCAGCUGCCCCAUACACUGAUGUCUUCAGUGACGACCACUGUUUACUGACUUCUCCGUCGGCUCGGGCUGUAAAACAGGUCCGGAUUUCUCUGCUUAGGGCCUCGGCAGUGCUGGCUUGCCGGAUUUUUGCGACAUUGAGGCGUCUAGGACGUGGCAUUUUUGGUGCGGAUGAGAGAUGAACUUUCAAGCGUGUACGGACGAGGACAUGGUCCGACCCAUGGGCGUUACCAGUCUCGGCACCACGCAUCGAUCUGCUAUCGUGAACCCAGCUGCGGAACCUUCAGCUGACUACAAUGUAGUCAAUCUGACUGGCCGUGCGACCGUAGUUUGAAUACCAGGUCAGCAGAUGUUUUUUGCGAUGCUGGAUACGAAGGUCGCAGAAACCCCCCUGAUCCAAGUCGGACUUUGUACAUUUACAUUUUUUGACUUACGUAUUCAAUAAAUCGUCCUUCCACAAUACCGCCUUCCGACUUUACCAUCUUCGGGACGUGGGGGUUCGCUGCGACUCGUUUCGGGCUUUUACGUUAGGCGACCGUUCGUCAUGGUUGGCGUUUACGGCCAAAAAAUCGAGGCCGCGAUGAAUGGAAAAAACGAGAAAAAGCCCGCGCGCAAAAUUUUUUCCAAGGUGCGGCCAAGUGCGGCCAAUGCGUUGAUGGCCAGCGCACAGCCACACCAUUUGGCCACACCUGGCCGCAGCAUAGCCGCACUUGGCCACACCAUAUUUGCCUCGGCCAAGUGCGGCCAAGUGCGGCUGGUGCUGGCAGGGUUUAUAUAUAUACAAAAUAACUAUGGUUAAUUUAUAUAUGUAUCUUACUACGAUAGUAUCAUGAUAGCUAUCAUGAUACUAUCAUGCAUGAUAGUAUACUAGUAUACUAUCAUGCAUGAAUAUAACUAUCAUGAAUAUUAUAAUAUUCAUACAUAUGCGUAACUCAUACAAAAAACCUUGACUUGUGUUAAGGAUCUGGUAAAUAUCAAGGCGGAUGCGGAUAAAUAAACUGACAAAAUAUUCGAAUCUCACUUUAGUACUAAACGCCAACUGAUUUCUGACAGAACAACUUACUUACGGCACCUAAACAGGUCGAAGUCAGAAAUGAUAAUAAUAUGAUGAUUCUUCCUCCAGCGUAAGCGUAUAAGGCCAUUCUGCAAACUUCACCUCCCACAAGUACCAAUCACAGCCCCAGGCCCCUCGUUACUCCUCACUGACCACACGCGCGUUUAUAGAUGACUUAAAUUAUUUACGGUCUAACGUUAGAAUAGGCUACUGGUAAAGGUCGUGCAUUGCGGAGUAAGCUCAUUUUGGAUGCUAGUUAGAUUAAGUCAAUAUACUUGAGGGAAGUGCUGCACAUCCCAAGGUUAUAUUUGCCGCAAAAUUCGGGGACGGAAACAUCAAACGAAGAAAAACAUUAUCGAAACUGUACAGAUAAACGAAUUAGCCCAAGUGUUAUUAACGCUGACACUGACACAUUGAACAGAAGUCAGUCUGAGGGAAAUUGCGUUCAAAAAAAUUUGGUUUGAUUUCAGCUGUCUGAAGAAGCAAAAGCUACAGCGUUACUCACAUUUUCGAUUUUUUACUCUUAACUUUCUUGUACACCUCAUCAUUUCUGCACUCUUGUUAAAAUUAACAAAAAUACACACACGGGGUUUCGACUUGUGAAAAAGCGUGACUUUUGUGUUCUGGUUUCGAGUGUGCUUGACGUCGUUAUUUCUUGGCCUUCGCUUGUAACCUCUCAACAUUCUUAGCAAUUUGUAUGAACUGACGGAGACUCCCUCCUCACAAGCCUACUUCAUCAUAUUAUCGCGGCACCGACUGCCUCUAUUCAACGGGUUCCUCAUUGGAAAUCUCUCUCGCUACUUGAGAAGAUUCUACUUUGCGUGAGUCUGGAACAUUCCUUUUCUGAUUUUUUGAUUCUGUACAUUGUUUCUUUUUGUUGGUAAGCACAAUUCCCCCAUUUAGAGUCAGUUUUUCCUGCAUAUAUUACUGUUCGUUCUUUUUAAGUCCGCGUUUGCGCUACAAAAUUUGUGACGCCACUUUUUCCUGCAUUUCGAACCUUUUUUUAUUUACCAUGGCCGGUGACAACUCCCAAAAAGACUCAAUUGACAUUAACACCCUUUCUUUUAAACUGCUACCGUUUACCCCAAGCAAUCCUCGCGUUUAGUUCAGUCUGAUCGAGGAUCUUUUUGUGAUAAGCCGCAUUACUGGCGAGCCUACCCUCUAUAUCUGUCACCGUCGAAGACCUCCUUGAACCCAUUCUAGCCGACAAACCGUAUACGCUGCUGAAGGAAGCGGUAAUCAAACAGGUAGCUAAAUCUGCCAACCUUAUGCUGCGGGAACUUUUCACGCAAGAAUAGCUAGAUGAUCUGACACCUUCCCAACUCAUGCGUCACAUGCGCUCACUUCUCGCUGGUAGGCACAUUGACGACGCCAUUUUUCUUGAGAUUUGGUUGGAAAAGUUACCGGUGCCUAUGCAACAGGUUUUGGCUAUGUUGGACUCGAAUACACCUUUAGAGAAACUAGCUACCCACGCUUACAGUAUCAAAGAGUGUUACCCUAUGGGCGCCUUGUGUUCCACUACUCAACAGCCACCGCCUUCCAAAGGCAAGCCCCAUCAGGGCAUUGACUCUGAUUCAGAAGGCCCACCAUUAUCAGAGCUCGACACUCCUUAUACGGAAAAAGCGUCAUGCUGUUGCACAACCCGACGAGCGCCCACAUCAGCCGGUCCUCCCAGAACACCCACCCACGCUUAUCGCACCGACUACGACGACUUAGGAGACACUGUGCGCCUUCUUUGCACUCAGGUAAGUAACAUUUGCUCUGCUCUUAAGAGUUUCCAGCGGCUAGAAAACAGCCAUACUCACAUCGUCGGUCUAAAUCCCGUGAGCGGCGUUCAAAACCCAUAUGUUGGUAUCCUCGCACUUAUGGCCCGAAAGCCCGAAAGUGCAUACCUCCUUGUUCGUUCGCUUGUCCUCCACAGUUAAAAGACCACGCCAGCCAUUAAUGGCGACGACUGCUGCUGGCCCGUCGCGACCCAGUCCUCUUUUCUAUAUUAACGACAAGUCGAGCGGCCUUCGUUUUCUGGUCGAUACCGGUGCCGAUGUCAGUGUCAUCCCGCCUCUAAGGCGUCGCCGCCUCAAGCCUUCGCACCAAAUCAGCCCAUACGGCCAACGGUCCCUCACUUUAGAUCUUGGUCUCCGGCGACGUUUUCAAUGGGUCUUUAUUGAGGCUGACGUCAAAUCGCCCAUUAUCGGGGGCGACGUAUUGUCAUCUUUCGGGUUAACAGUCGAUGUCAGACACCGUCGCCUCACAGACACCACCACCCAACUCUUUACUAUAGGUACCAUUAGCUCUGAACGUUCGGUUGGCAUUCAUCUCACCAUCCCCAGCACCCCUUUCGCUGACAUUUUGAAGGACUACCCGUCCAUCACUUAACCAUGUCAUUUUACCGAAACCGUUCAACACGCAGUGAAACACCACAUUGUCAGGGCAGAGCAACCAGUGCACGCUCGUCCGCGUAGACUCCACCCUGACAAGCGCCGAAUACCAAAGAACAAAUUUGAACAUAUGAUGAAUCUGGGCAUUAUACGCCCGUCAUCUAGCCCAUGGUGCCAAAGAAGUCCUCUGACGAUUGGAGACCGUGCAGUGAUUAUCAAGCCCUAAACAGGUCCACACUCCCUGACCGAUACCCCAUUCCCCACAUUCAUGACUUUUCCCACAUGUUAGCCGGUAAAACUAUUUUUUCCAAGAUAGACCUCGUCAGGGCGUACCACCAAAUCCCGGUCGCUGAGGAAGAUAUCCCAAAGACCGCUAUCACGACACCCUUUGGGCUGUUCGAAUUUAUUCGCAUGCCUUUUGGUUUGCGCAAUGCUGCCCAGUCGUUUCAGCGCUUUAUCGAUUAGAUCUUGCGGGGCCUACCAUUCGCUUUCGCUUAAAUCGAUAACAUACUCGUCGCAAACUCUUCGGUAGAGGAACGGACCUCGCAUUUACGCGUCAUAUUCGGUUGUUUCCAGCAACAUUGUUUGCAAUUAAACGUCUACAAAUGUAUCUUUGGCGUCUCUUCUCUAGAUUUCCUUGGUCACCACGUCGACGAGCAUGGAAGCACACCGCUGUUGGAAAAGGUGCAGAACAUCCUGUCAUUCCCUGUCCCCAAGACCCUAACUCAGCUGCGGCGUUUUAUAGGUAUUCUCAACUAUUAACGACGUUUUAUCCCUCACUGUGCGGCGACCCUAGCUCCCUCAACUGACCUUCUUUAGUCUAAAGCAAAGCCCAUCGAACUUCCUCCAGCAGCCCACUCAGCCUUUGAGGCAGCUAAGAAAGCUCUUGCUGAUGCCACUUUGCUUCAACAUCUCAGCUCUGAUCCCCACGCACAGCUGAUCUUGACCACUGACGCUUCCAAUAGUGCUGUUGGCGCAGUUCUACAUCAACAGGUGAAUAAGCAGUUGCAGCCAUUGGCUUUCUUCUAACAGAAGCUACAACCGGCGCAGACUCGCUACAGUACUUUCUCUCGCGAACUCCUUGCCAUCUACCUCGCCAUUCGUCAUUUUCGACACCUCUUAGAGGGCAGAGACUUUUCGGUCCACACCGACCACAAACCUCUCACUUACGCCCUCAAGGCCAAGACAGAUCGGUACUCGCCCAGGGAAGUUCGUCACCUGGACUAUAUAUCGCAGUUCAUUGCAGAUAUCCGCUACGUCCGCGGCAGCGACACUGUCGUUGCUGAUGCAUUAUCCCGUCCGCGCAUCAACACACACAUCCGAUUUCGACCUGGCGAAGCUUGCAGACCUCCAAACAGCAGACGAGUCCAUCGCGGACUUAAUUACGUCUACUACUCUGCAGCGUCGCCAGGUACGCUUUUUUUCGGUUGUUCCACCGGCACCCCUCGUACUGUCGUUCCACCAUCCUAUCGUAAGGUUGUCUUUGACCACUUUCACUCCCUCUCCCACCCUGGCAUUCGCGCCGGACGUAAGAUAAUUGCUGCUCGUUUUGUUUGGCCGAAGAUGAAUUUUGACAUCGCUCUUUGGACUAAACAGUGUUUACCCUGCCAGAAGAAUAAAGUACACCUUCACGCAUUUUCUCCACCAAGUACAUUUGCCGUUCCAGAUGUUCGAUUCCACCACGUCCACUUGGACUUAGUUGGUCCGCUACCCCCUUCACGCGGGUACACGCAUAUCCUGACAGCGGUUGACCGUUUCACACGAUGGCCGAUUGCCGUUCCUAUCUCGGAUACCUCGGCAGAAAAUGUCGCCAUGGUUUUUCUGACGCACUGGAUUUCAACUUUUGGUAUUCCAGCCGCACUUACUACUGACCGCGGAAGUCAAUUCCAAUCUAGCCUCUUCCAUGAGUUCACAAAACUGCUCGGGUGUGCGCAUAUCACAACCACGGAAUAUUACUCUGCCUCCAACGGCCUCGUGCCGCCGAACUUGUCUAAUGUACACCCCUCCGUCUGCCCGGCGAAUUUGUGCAGCCUCCACGGCAAACACUAACAUCGCGAGCACCUUCGUACAGCAGUUGAAACAACGCAUGGCUCAACUGAGUCCAACCCCCACUCGUCUGACUUCGAAACAUGUGUUUGUACACGAGGACCUUAAAGCUGCCCACUUUGUUUUCGUCCAGCAUGACGCGGUUCACAAGUCUCUUUGUUCCCCAUACUACGGCCCGUAUAAGGCUCUUCAGCGGAUGGACAAGUAUUACGUCAUUCAGAAGGCUGACAAAACUGACACAGUCUCCAUCGACAGACUUAAGCCAGCCUAUGUUGAGUGCAUCCCGCCGUCAGCUGUGCCACCGACUUCCUCUGUACCGUCCUCACCGGCUCCACCCGUUUUGGUCCCAUCGACUCAACCACCACACUCGACCACCACACCCACCCGUCCUGAUUCUUCCUCUACUCUACCACGCACCUCAUCUCGUUCUGGUAUACAUAUCAAUUUUCCUGCCCAACUCAAAGACUUUUUGAUGUGA